AAAAUUUGUAAUUUUAUUGAAUAUUCCUUGUAACGUUAUUUAUUAAAUUAUGGGAUUUUUUUGCACCUUUUAUUUAUAUAUGUACAUAUGGUCUCAUAAAAGAUUUGAUUCUCUUAUACUUUAGCAUUUCAAAGGCUGAUUCCGACUGAUGCCAUAGCAACAAAUUGUUUGGUUGUUAAAAAUAAUGUAUUUUUGAAUACUAUUAUUAUCUUCUUAUUCUAUGAUUAAUCUAAAAAAUAUCAAAAGCUCCUAUUAAAGUUUAAAUUUAAUCAAAAACUUUUAAAAUUUGAAAUUGCAUAAGACCUGUAAAAGAAACCUUAAAUUAAAAUGGCUUACACUACGCGUUCAACAUAUAAGUUAUCUCAUAAUCACAAUUUCUUUUCUUCUAAGACUUUCGAGGAUAGAGGUUACCGUUCGAAAUCAGCUAAUCCGCCAUCAUCUUUGAUACCAUUGUAUUCAACUCCAAUUUCAGUGGUUAGGCAACGACAAGUUCUACCAUUUUCGAUACAAUCCCAACAAAAACAUACAGUAGUAGUUAAAGGACCGUUAUAUGAAUCUUCCGAAACGACGAAUAAGCGAGGAAAAUCAAAAACUAUUAAGUUUUCAGUUCAUAAUGACGGUUCCAGCUCUCACCGCAGUAAAAGUUUUCACCGUAGUAACUCCUUUCGCAUGUAUUUUGAUCGUGGGGACCUGCCAAUAAAGAUGGAAUAUUUGUGUGGUGGUGACAAAAUCGGUUGGACCGUGGAUAUAGACAAAUUGGAUUAUAGUUUAUAUCUUCCUUUGUUUUUUGACGGUCUUUGCGAAACCGAACAUCCUUACAAAACCUAUGCCAGACAAGGUGUUUCAGAUCUCUUAAUAGCUGGAGGCGAAAAAGUACCUGCCGUCAUACCCCAAUUGAUAUUGCCAUUAAAAAAUGCCUUAAGUACUAAAAAUUUAGAAGUGAUGUGUACAACACUAAAAAUUAUACAGCAAUUAGUACUGUCUUCUGAUUUGGUUGGGCCUGCAUUAGUACCAUUUUAUCGACAAUUAUUACCAAUGUUUAAUGCUUAUAAAGUCAAGAAUCUUAAUUGUGGAGAUGAAAUUGACUAUACUCAAAAGAAAAAUAUGAAUCUAGGAGACUUAAUUGAUGAAACACUUCAAAUUUUGGAAAUACAUGGAGGAGAAGAUGCUUUUAUUAAUAUCAAGUACAUGGUUCCUACAUACGAAUCAUGCUAUUUAAACUAAUUGGAAAAUUAAAAGUGUUCAUUUUUAUUUUUUCAAAAUUUAAAUCAAUUUGUAUAAAUUUAAUAAGUUGUUACAAAAAUAUUUGUAUAGAUGAAAAUUUAAUUUCUUACAUGGUAUUUAUCU